AUUUCAGCAGAAACAGAAAUGAACCUGACCUUAUACGGCUCCUUAUCUUGGCAUUCACUUGGACGCGUUAAUUUACAGAAUGAAUUGUACUCUUACAAAGCCAAAAAGAAGGCCUGAAUCCUCAUGACCAAAUGUGACAGACCAGAAGAAUUUCUGUUUAUAUGAGACCUGUAACCCUCACAUGAAUGUGACAUUACAGAGAAGAAACAGACACACCAGCUUCCUCUUCUCUCAGUGGACUUCCUCCUCGUCCUCCUCCUCACAGUCACAUACUGACAACCCUCACACCACUGCCAGUAUCGUCUGUGGACAGCUCUUCAUCUGUGAAGUGUGAACCCUCCUACAUCGCUUUCAACAUCUUGUUUAUGGGUGCGACGACAAAGCCAUUUGAAAGAGAACAGAAGGACCAGUGGCCCUCAACCUCUCUCUUAUUUCCUCCUUUGCCAAAAACCAACACAAAGAAGAUGUCUGACGCUCUUUGUAUUGUGGGUUCAUUGUUUGGGUCGGCAGAAGGACCGCAAGACUGUGGUUUUUGCUACCUGAUAAAUAUGGCGUCUGUCAUGGGCAUUAUUGCCUCUGAUAUCCUCCUGACCAUCUUCAUCACUAUUUCUGUGUUCUGCUUUGCAAGUCACCACAAGAGAAGGAGGGAAUGGGAUUCUCGUGAUGGUAAAAGAAAUCUGCCAUCUUCAGUAUCAAAGAAAAUGGCAACAGAGGUCACAGAAUCUCCCUAUCAGGAGUUACAUGGAGUCCAAUCAGAUGUGUACAGUGAGCUUCGGCACUUUAGGAAGUGAAAGAAUGGAACUUCAAAAAAAUCCAACAAGUCUGAAAGCUAUAACUGGUCAACACCACACACUCUUCUACACACUUCUUGUUUUGCCACUUAUACUGCUGAAGCAUUAUAGGUAAUAAAAUACGUUAUAAACAUA